AUUCGAUAGCGUAGCUUAUCAAUAUAAUUUGUCUCCAUCAUCUCAAUAAUAAAGAUUUGGCUCGCAUUUCUUCCAGGAAGACUUGUAAAGAAGAAAAAAAGAAAAAAGCAGGCCUCAAAGCUCAAGCUCUCUCUCUCUAUCUCUGCCUAUUGGAACCAAAUCUACCAUGUCGAUAAAAACUGUUAAAGUUAGCAAUGUUUCCUUAGGAGCAUCUGAGCGAGACAUCAAGGAGUUCUUUUCUUUUUCUGGUGAUAUCGAAUAUGUUGAAAUGCAAAGUGAUAAUGAGCGGUCUCAAAUUGCAUAUGUCACCUUCAAGGAUUCACAAGGAGCUGAAACUGCAGUUCUUCUUUCGGGAGCAACAAUAGUUGAUCUGUCUGUCAACAUAACUCUGGAUCCAGAUUACAAGCUGCCACCUGCUGCUUUAGUACCCCCUGCGACAGAAAAUAAAACUCCAGGUGGUGCUGACUCUGCUUUUAGAAAGGCAGAGGAUGUGGUUAGUGGCAUGCUUGCUAAGGGCUUUAUCUUAGGCAAAGAUGCAGUGAACAAAGCAAAGACUUUUGACGAUAAGCACCAGUUAUCUUCAACAGCCACAGCAAAAGUCGCUUCUAUUGACCAAAAGAUUGGGUUCAGUGAGAAAAUAACUGUUGGAGCUACUGUGGUUGGUGGUAAGGUCAGAGAAGUGGAUCAGAAAUUUCAGGUUUCAGAGAAAACAAAAUCAGCAUUUGCAGUUGCAGAGCAAAAAGUCAGUAGUGCUGGAUCUGCCAUAAUGAAGAACCGGUAUGUAUUAACUGGGGCAUCAUGGGUGACUGGUGCUUUUAACAAGGUUGCAAAGGCAGCUGAGGAAGUUGGGCAGAAAACAAAAGAGAAAGUGGUAGUGGCUGAAGAGGAGCAGAAGAGAAAAGUUGUAGAUGACUAUGCUUAUGUUCAUCUUUCUGAGUCCCCCAAAGCAUCUGCACCAACUGAGCAGCAACCUUCCAAGCCAGCACCUGCUCAAGGUUUGAUCCUUUGAUUUGCUACUUUGUAAAUACCAAAGGAAAUGCCACUCCAUUACUGGUUUGUGUUUCUAGUAUGGAAGUGGUGAACGUAGGACUCUCCAAUUAGUUGGUCAUGAUUGCAUUUAUUAUCUUGACUUUUCUUUCUAAGAAUGUCAAACCGAAUGUUUGAGGUGUUAUUUUGACCAUUUUUUUCUCUUUUCUGUUUCUUUAUGAUUAUAUGUCUCUAUGUGGUUUUCGAUUACAUUUAAUAUAAGCAACAAGUUUUAAUGUA